AUGUCUUUCAUCAGCUCACAACAAUCGUACGCCGCCUUCUGCGAAGAAUUUGAUGAAGAUGCUAAUGUAGCCAUCCCCGAGACGAGACGGGUUGCCAACGUUUCCGCCAAACGUUCCAAACCGGACCUUCACCCUGUGAUAAUCAACACAGACGGAGCCAGCGAUUCUGGCUAUUCGAGCCGCACUGCAGCGACGAUUGGGAGCAGCGGAGAAUCGCUUGCCAGCGGUGCCAGCGGCUCAUACGUCGUUUCGCUGAACGGCGCCAUGGCCGGACGAGAUAUACCUCGAAUGAGGUCGCGAGGAGAUGCUAUGGAUAGAGAAAAGCAACAUACUCGGAAAGUGAAGGAGAAGGAGCAGAAAGAAAUGGAAGUGAUGCAGCAUGAGGGCAUGAAACCGCCGUCAUCUCGAGGCUCGAAUCGCCCGACUUCCCUGCAGCACGCACCGGCGAAGGCCCGGCGACGCGAGUCGAUGUCGGCCGGCAGACACCCUCCAGGAAUGUGCGCGGAGUGUGAUCGCCUCGGAUACCACCAUCAGGCAAUGAUGCCGAACAUGAUGGACCCGCGAAGUAUGGACGCAUCGUCGUACUUUAAUCCAAUGCCCGGGUACGACGUGCCACCGUCGCCUCAAACUCCUCGCUACCAACCAAUGGAUAUGGGGAUGUCGAUAACCCCGGCCAUAUCGCACCCCCGUCGAUCCAACUCUUCCUCCUACCACCAACAAAGUCGCCCAGUCAGCUUCCCCCGGGGAAUAGUGCCUGAUAUGAACAUGAUGUACAUGGGCGGCGGCCCUUCGGCGCCAUACGGCAGCCACGGCGGACCACCCCUCUCUGCCUCGGCCUUUACAAACUCAUACAUGGGAUCCCCUUUCAUCAACAAUGAACCAUCUUACACCCAGCCCUCUCCAAUCAUGGGCUCGUCUUACGAAAACUCUUCUCAGCUGCUGCAAUACGAGCGACCCCGCACAGCAUCUAUAUCCAGGCCCUCGUCUGAGCGACCCAGGAGAGGCUCGAUAUAUGGCCCUCCAGUAGUCGAAAAUACCCCUCCUACGCCCAGUCAUAUGCCAAACUUGGAACGUCCGCCGUCCCGAGAACGACGUGCACGUCGCCAGUCACGCACCUACUAUGACGAGGAUUCCUACCGCAUGCCUCCGCCUCGACUUCCAGCACCAAAACCUAUCCAAGCACAGCCCCCGGUCCAGGUAAUCCCAAUUACGAAGCGCCCUACUCCUAGAAAGUCUAGUACUACCCCUACAGCUCCAACUGUAGUCCACCGACCUCCGUCAUUCGACAUGAGCGAAAUGCGCGAUGCACUGCCCCCACCGAGAGUGCAUCAGUAUCAGCACCAGCCACAGCAAUCCCAACGGCGGAUGAGCCGAAGUAUUGCUCGCGAGCAAUCGCCAGAGCGAAGACCUACUCAGGCACCCGCCAACUCUAGGUCACGCCGAACAGCAACGUACUACGAUGCAGCCAGACCCGCCCGAGUAACCGUUGAAGCUCCCCGCCGCCCACGCCGCGUGUCCACCUACGGCAUCGAGCAGGAGAACCUCUUGGAGCAGAAGCAACGUGAAGUGGAAGAAUACCAAGCCGCUCGUGUCCCUAAGCAGCAAACGCUCACCACCGACAUGGUCCGAAAGGCUUCCCGUCGUGCGCCUCCAAAGGCUCGAACCGUACACCAACGUCAGCCUGACCCACAACGUGAACCGGAAAUCGAAAGCCCAAGUGAGACUGACACUGACACUGAAAGCGAAGAGGAAGAGGAAGAGGAAGAGGAGGAAGAGGAGGAGGAGGAAGAGCAGGUGAUACAAGUCUACCCGGUGUCCCGGGUCUCUCGACAGCAGCCUCGACAGCAACCUCGACAACAACAGCAGCACCACCAGCAACAACAGCAGCCACCACCCGCGCCAUCACUCACAAGCGAGAUGCUUCGUAAAGCGGCUUCCCGCAGGCCGCCCCCAAUACCUCGCAGCGAAACCGAAAGCGAUGAGGACGACGACGAUGAAGACGCAAUCGAAGAUGACGAUUCUUCAUCUGAAAGCAGCGACUCGGAAGAUGAUACAAGUGAUGUCAACACCAAAAACGGAAGUGCUACUGGCUCCCGCGUGGACGAUGAUAGCAUCACCAUGAUCAUCCGAGGAGUUAAAAUCGGCCUGUCUAGCGACGCUAUCGAUGGGAAAACAAUCAACCUACGUUCCGGCGAGGAGGGAGGUGUCGAGUUAAACAUUGGCGGACCAAGACGGGAUCGGUAUUUCUUGCCUCGGUCUGACACCGCCAGCACGAGCAGCCGUAGGGAGGCUGACGACAUCAGACGCCUGCGUGAAGACCACAGGGCCGAACGCGAUAGCAGACGCUCCAGUCGGUCAGGAUACAGUGGGCGAGGUCUACUAGAAUAG